GCGCAGCCCGCACCGCCGCGUCUCGCGAGAGCUGCUCCGGGAGCGCCACUCGUGCCCUUGGUACCCUGGCCUCUUGUCUUCUCGCGAGAUCUCACUGUGGGUGGCCGGGGCGUUUCACAGACGAAACUUUCACAGGAAAAAAAAUAAAAAUAAAACCGCUAAAAUACACAGAAAGACCCGGGACCGUGAGAUACCCGCCACCCACCGGUCUGAAACAACUCCGAGACCCGAGACCGUCAAGUUACAGAAUGGCACCCCCUGUAGGCGAGUGUGAGGAGGACACCCUGAGGCAGUGCCUGCAAGCGCGCUCCCAGCUGGAGACAGCCAUCAACACUGUGACCAGGGCAGAGCUACAGCUGCGCGACAAUGCCAGAGAGGUGAAGUCCCAGCUCCACAGCUGUAUCAGCCGGCACCUGGAGUUCCUGCGCUCUCGUGAGGUCUGGCUGCUCGAGCAAAUCGAAGUCAUCCAGCACCUCAAAGAGGAGUCCCUGCAGCAGCAGCUACAGCAGCUCCACUGGCUCCUGGGUCAGUUCAAUGUUGUGGUUCAGCAGCUGGAGAGUUCUAACAGCAACAGCCUGGCCAACCAGAUCACCAGCUGCCUGGAGAAAUUGUCCAGUCUGAGCCUGAACCCUGAGGAGACCCCUGAGAUGAGUUUCCAGGCUGACGCCCGCUCUCUGCGCCAGGCAAUCACCUCCUUCGGGACCAUCGCCACUGAGGAGAUGGAGUGCCUGCCAGCGGCUCACAGUCCUCCAAAGAGUUCUGGGCCUUUCCUGAAUGCCUGGCUUCUGCAGAGCUGCCCUUUGGCACCGCAGCAGCACAGCGCGAGAGCCGAGCCGCUUGCAGAUUGGCUGCUGGGAAGCCGCCCUGUGACAGCGUGCCCUACUGGUUACCAGUCAAGCACUGACACCCAGGACUGGCUGCUGAAGGCGGGGGAGAGGGGACAGGUUCCCCCACCUUUGGCACACUUCAAUUUCGAUGCAGCCUGGGGCCAGCUUCGUGACCUGGAGGCCUGGCUGCUGCAGGACAGAGCGCCCCCUAGGGACCGCACCCUGAGUGAUGUCAGCAGCAGCUCUGCGCUGUCCAUAGAGAAGGUAGAAGAUUCAGAGCUAAACGACAGCGAAGAGGAGGAGAGAGAGAAGAGUAGCAACAGUGUGGACCUCAGUGACUGGCUCAUCACCCCCAGUGCAGGAGACAUGAACUACACACGCAGCAGCAGCACCCCCACUGGAGAAACUGAGAAUAACAGCAAGAACCAACAAGCACUCGUCAGUGACCUCUUCAGACCUUUCCACGAGACCUUCUCCUCCAGUGAUUGGUUGCAUAAGACUGAAGGGAGGUGUGGCUCCUGCUGCAUCCCCAAGACCGUAGCAAUUGAGAUUGAGAACCUGGGGAACCUCAAGUGUCUGAAGCAGAGCCCCUCCUCUCCCACUAUGGGCCAGGCCUGGCUUCUGCAGCAGCAGGCUCCUCCUCCAAUCAGAGUGGAGCAGGUGUGCAAGGCCAACGAGCCGUGCAAGAGUUUCUCGGAGUGUGUGUGCGAGGAGAACUGCGGCAAGGAGGCUCUGCAAUCCUGGCUGCUCAAGCAGGAGGGGCGAGACAAGAACGGGAUGCCUGCUGCCGCUGACAAGAACGGGAGUAACCCCAACCACGUGGGGGCCCUGCUGGACAGCUGGCUGCACCCCAGCAGGAAGGAGGCCCCCUCCCCCUCAUCCCCUCUCUCUACCUGGGUCUGCCCCUCCACACAGGGCCAGGAGAAGGCCAGUCGAGAGGAGCAGAGCUCGGAGUCAAAGAACCCCUUCCACAGCCCCAUGAGCUCCCAGUGCUGGCUGCAGCCCCACUUCCAGCCCCAUUCUACUCUCCCCGCAGAGCAGAGCCCCUUCCACACCGCCCUGCGCACAGAGAGCUGGGUCCUACCCCAGUCACACUCCCUCUCCCAACCCCAGCCUGAGAAGCACAGCCACUCCGACACAGCGGCUCCAGAGGAGGACAAGUGGCUGCUCCGCAAGAAAGCUCAUGAGCGAUAUGGACUGCCUUCGGUCUGCGACCUCUUUGCCUGCAUGAAACUCAAAGUAGACAAAGAGCAGUGGCUGUACAGGACACCUAUACAGAUGUGAGAUACCCCAGGAAACCAUCCUGCUAAGAUUUGGGGAGAUUCGUGCGUGCCACCUCCUAAUGAAGAGCCACUCGAUCGCUGCUCAACGAACACGUUUACCCAUUGCCGUCUCCUUCUCUCGCUUCUCUGUCAAACUCGUCUUCCUCCGCCUCUCUGUGUCUGUCUGUCUGUCUCUGGGCUGCAAUAUCUCCUUUCCUACUUGGUGUAAUGAUCUGUAGCUCUAAGCCGGAGGAACAGGACUGACCCUGCUGCAUUGUGUUCCCAAACCAAGGGUCCAAGUCCAGAUAACAAAGGGGGGUGGGGGACUUAACCAGAAGGGGAGCACAGUGGUAGUUGACUCCAGUCCAGCAGUAUCACCUGCAAUUCAGGGUUGUGUUUCAAACAUAAACUGAAUGUUGUGUGUCCUGUGUUGUUGCUGUGGACAAAUUGCACAUUUAAUACCUUUACUGUGGAGUGGGUGAUUUGCCAACAGGAGGAAUAUAUAGACCUCUGUCUUAUACAUGACAAAUCUCUAGUAUCUAGUAUGUGGACUGGAAAACAACGCAGACUGACAAUCUGACUGGUCUGAGACUUGAGUCGUCAGGCUAGAGAUGUGUACACCAGGUUUUAAUAAGGAACUGGUUGGAACAAAGCCAGGAAAGACCAUUUGUGAGGGGAGGGGUUGAGAACCACAGUACAAUGAAACUGAAGGGCAGUCGGCCCCGGCUUGUACACAAAGGACCAAGUCCAGUCCAGUUUUUCUGUGUUAACUGCUUUUUUCUUUUCUCUGUCACCAGAGAUGAUUUAUUAACAGCCACACUGGGCUCUAAUACAAAAAACAAAAUUAUAGUUUCAGGGCCCAUAGUACUGAAACGACCGUCUUUCGAGAUUCUUCUGUAGAUUUUUUUAUUUUAUUUUUUUUUGGAAAUGUGUGUGAUUUCAGGUUGAUGCUGUGUUUUUACUUUUCUUUUAAUUUUGCUUUUAAUUCUAGUUUGAAUUUCCAGCCGAUGCCGUCAGACUGCCACUGUGGUUAUUGGUUCAGUAGGGCUGUGAAACUCUGGCAUGCAUUCACUGUUCUCUUUGCAAUCACAGAGUGGACCAAUCUACCUGCACUGAUAUCCCAUGUGGCACGAAAGCUGUGUAAUUGACCGUGGAAAACAGGUCAGUUACCUUGCAGGUAAAGCCAACUGCAAGCAUAUUGGUGCUUUAAUGAAAUGAGGAACAACAUGUUUUUGAGUAAGAAUUUUAGUGUUUCGGAUGCUGUGUUGUGCACGUUGGGCAUAGCAAACCUCCAGAGAGCAGCGCUCUAGGGGGAUUACUGCUCUCUCUAGGAACCAGACUGACGAGCUCCCUCGUGAUCAAGGAUUAUUGUAACUUGCUGAUACAACGCAAUGCCGAAACUGUGACCACUGGAGUGUUUUCCUGGUUUUAAUUCAGUGAAGCAUUGUUUCAGUAUUAUCUGUUGCCACAGUAUAUAGUCCUGAUUUGUCUACGCAGCAGAGUGGUCGUUUUUGUGUAAUCUUUGUCCUGUUGUGUUUAACUAGCUGAGUCAGUCUCCCUGCUGUGACCCAAACACUGGGUGGUGAGCACAAGAUCUGCAGUGCAGUGUCACUUCAGCUCAACACUUUGCUGCAGUCAGUUUGUUUAGAUGAAUGGAUAUUCCUGUUGCACCUCUAAACUCUUCCUAGUCUUUGAAACAGUCAUAUCUGUUCAUUGAGGUGUGAGGAGCAGUAUUUUUGCCUUGAUUAUUUUAUUUGAGGGGUUAUUCCCUCCUUAUUUCAUAUUUCUUUGGUGUAAAGUGUGCAGCAAAGUACUGAGCUGCCAGCCCCUCCUUUCCUCUGUCUGAAAUGUGCUUUAUCUUCCUAUAUAGAAUAAAACCUUUAUAUAUUAUAUUGCAUAUUCAUGUUUUAACAGCUGUAAUCUAGGCAUAUAUAUUAAACUAAAACACUGAACUGAAUCAAUACCUACAUGCUUUUCUUAUCUGCUUUAUGAAAAAAUAAAAAUAACAUCAAGCUCA